CGUCAAACUAAUUCUAAUGAUUUGAAAGUUUUAGAUAAACCGGCUGGGAAAUAACAACAAACAGCAAAAAUAAAUCAAUUAAGCAUUAAAUAAACGAAAUAGGUUUGCAAGUAUUUUAUUGCAACAUAACAUUAAUAUUUUCCCAACUUUUUUAAUAAAUGCUUCAAUUAAUUGCAUAAUAACUAAUUAGUGGAGAGAUUGCAAUUGUCAAUGCUAUUGUACCUAAGUUUUACUAUUCUCGUAUUUUUACUUGAGAAAGGUUGUGUAUUAUCUCUCGAAAAAUUUGCGAAAAGUUAUUCUCAUUAGCAUAAUGGUAAUGUGCAAAAUAUCAUUUGAAAAUAACAACUCUGGAAUAUUUUAUAGUGGUUCAACUAUAAAUGGCAUUGUCGAAAUAACACUAGAUAAACAAACCAACGUUCGAAGUAUUUUACUGAUAAUAAUUGGAGAAGCUAAUGUGCAUUGGAGCGAGAUUGACGAAGUUAAUGACAGAAGAAAGACAAUAAGUUACAGCGCAAAUGAAAAUUAUAUUAACACAACCACUAUAUUGCAUGGAUCAACAAAUGGAAGUACGGUAACUAUUAGUCCAGGUACUCAUAUAUAUAAAUUUGUAUGCGCACUUCCACCAGAACUGCCUUCAUCCAUCGAAGGUUAUGAUGGUAGAAUUCGUUAUUCAGCUAAAGUUGUUUUUGAUCGACCUUUAAAAUUUAAUAAAACAUUCAUUACUGGAAUCACUAUCAUUCAAAUAACAGACCUUAACAUAAUCGAAAAUCCUCAAAUAAGAUUACCAUCAACUUCAAAAUCUAAAAAAAAAUUUUGGUGCCGCCGUUUUCCAAAUAGACCACUUACUGUUGAAGGAACAAUUCCUAAAUCCGGUUAUGUUUCUGGUGAAUGUAUAACAGUUUCUUUUAAAUUAUUUAAUACAUAUGGUAAACGAGUACAGCACUUUAGUGUUUCUUUAAAACAAUUAAUCAAUUCACAAUCUGAUAAUCCAAAGAGUAAAUCUAAAGUUCAAACGAUUACCCUUACUAAAGAGAUUAUAGAUUUCGUAGAAAAUACACAAGAAGAAUUUUUUCAAACUAGCUUAUUGAUACCACCAGUUCCACCAACAUGCGAUGAAAAAACAUGCCGAAUCAUACAAGUCCAUUAUGAAAUUCAUAUUAAAGUUCAUGUAAGCGGACGUCGUACAGGUCCAGUGGUAGAAAUUCCAUUAAUUAUUGGAAACGUUCCCCUUAUUUCAAAUAAUCAGAUUCAAAAUCAAGUAUCCCAAUCUAUCAAUUCGCUGUUACCACGUCAAAGAACUCCAGAAAUUUGUGCUGCAGAAUUUGGUUUAUCUCCACCUUCAUAUGAGGAACCAACUUAUAUUGAAAAAGUAGAUAUGAAUGUGAACGAAGAACAUCCUAUUGGCGAGUCCACUUAUUUACCACGUUAUCCUGUCUUUAAAUUUAAUCAAUAAUUUACUAAUCAUAGUACAUACACAUAUAUGUAUAUAGGGAAAUAUUAUACUUAUAACGUUGGUAAACUGUUAUACUACUAGAAUAAAAUAGCAUUCAUAAAAUAAGUUAUCAUAUAAAUAGAGGAUAAUCAAAAGCAAAUCAUUAUCCGCAUUAUUUUGAUAAUUAUAACCAAGUCUUGAAAUAAUAUACUUAUGCUUUGGCCAUUUUUAACAUUGAAAAUAUUUAGCAUUGUACUUGAGUAAAGUAAGAACAAAAAUUAAUAACCAGCAGAAUUUCUAAAAGAAGAGUAAGAAAUAGGAAAAACCAAUGAUUAACACAAACCACGUAACACAUAACUAAUAAAAAAAACU